CAUCAGUUCUAUUUCAUCAUGGCGGCGCGCUUGAUAAAUCGUGUUGUUAGACUUAAAGGUCAAUGCUCCUGCAAAUAUAACAAGCGAUUCCUGAGCUGUACCAAACCUGGUGAAGAAGAUGUGACAAAAGUUUCCCUUAGCAAACCAUUACCUGGGCUGCCAACACCUCAGUUUGCCACUGCAUCAUGCCAUGCAUAUGAUACUCAUGUAACAACACUUGACAAUGGCUUGAAAAUUGCAUCCGAAAAUAAAUUUGGCCAAUUCUGUACUGUAGGCGUUUUACUGUCUUCUGGAUCAAGAUAUGAAGCUACCUAUCCAAGUGGGAUUGCGCAUUUUUUGGAAAAAAUGUCUUUUGGGACAACACCUAACUUUGCUAACAAAGAUGUGAUUCUACAAGAGCUUGAGAAAGUGGGAGGGAUCUGUGACUGUCAAGGUUCUAGAGAUACUCUGGUCUAUGCUGCAUCAGCCAGGACACAUGGCCUGGACACUGUCAUGAACAUUUUAUCUGAUGUAGUGCUGAAGCCAUCCUAUCCUGAUGACCAGCUGGAGGAUGCUCGUCAAGCAAUUAGAUUUGAGAUUGAAGCCAUGCACAUGGAUCCUAACCCUGAACAGCUACUGGUAGAGAUGAUUCAUGCUGCAGCUUACAAAGGAAACUCUCUGGGACUGCCACGUAUUUGUCCUGUAGAAAAUACAAACAUAAUUACACGGCCCACGCUAUACUCAUACAUGAAAGAAAAACACCACCCUAAAAACACAGUCAUUGCAGGAGUAGGAGUAGAGCAUGAUAAACUUGUUGAUUUAGCUCAAAAAUAUUUUGUGAAAGAGAAGAGGCCAAUUUGGUUAUCAGAGGGAGAAGAGUGGACUAGUCAUGAGAAUGAAACCAAAUGUACAUCCCAAUACACAGGUGGUGUAUUACAGGUGGAAAAAGAUCUCUCCAAUGUGAGUCUGGGACCCACACCAAUGCCUGAGUUAGCUCACAUUGUCUUUGGCCUGGAGAGCUGCAGCCACAAAGAUCCAGACUUCAUUGCAUUUUGUGUUCUCAAUAUGAUGCUUGGAGGGGGUGGCUCCUUCUCUGCUGGUGGUCCAGGCAAAGGAAUGUACACACGCUUGUACCUCAAUGUACUCAACAGGCAUAUUUGGAUAGAAAAUGCCACAGCUUACAAUCAUGCUUAUGAUGACAGUGGUUUGUUCUGUAUUCAUGCCAGCUCACAUCCUUCAAAGCUCAGAGAUCUGGUUGAGGUGAUUUUAAGGGAAAUUGUGUUCACAGCAAGCAAGCCUUACCAGGAUGAAUUAAGCAGAGCCAAAUGUCAGUUACAGUCCAUGCUGAUGAUGAAUCUUGAGGCUCGGCCAGUAGUGUUUGAAGAUAUUGGACGCCAGGUGCUGUCUGGUUCAAUAAGACGUACACCUCAAUAUUAUUAUGAUCAAAUAGGGAGUGUAACAGCACAAGACAUCCAGCGGGUGGCCUCACGCAUGUUGAAAAGCAAACUGUCUGUUGCUGCCUAUGGAAGUUUGUCUUCUCUGCCAGCUUAUGAGGAUAUGGAAGCUGCCGUGCUCAGUAAAGAUGGAAGGUUGCCAAGCAAACAAAGCUUUUCAUUGUUUAGGCGAUGAAAUUGUGUGUAGAUAUUAUUUGUGAUAGACUUUGUGUAUUGUAUUGUACAAUAUUCAAUUUUGAUGACAAAAUAUACAAAGUUAUAAAACUGUCUGUAAAUAAUAUGUUCACAAACUUCCAUUUAAAAAAAUAACCAAAUGAUUGUAACAUAAAAAGUGUUGCAAUUUUAACCCAAAGUCAUAUGUUAAAAUGAAAGUGUAUUUUUUUAAAGGUGUUUUAUAGUUUUUGUUGUUUUCAAUCAAUGGUGUCCAUUUUUUUCUUAAGCUAUGGUAAGCUGAAGAAUUGAGGGAUGAAAACCUGAAAUAGAAGCUGCAGUAAAUUCUUUUUUUACUAAAAGUAUCUUCAAUUCUGAGCAGUUUAUGUACAUGAAUACAAAAUGUGUAAAGAGCUGUCUGGAGAUGAAUUUUGUUAGGUUAUGUGUAAAUCCAUUUUGUAUGUUCAGUGUAGCCAUUUCACACUUAUUAUUUCUAAUACCUGGCUUUGCAAUGUUUAUACUGCUUUGAACAGUAAACUUUUCUAUACUAAAUUUGCUAAAGAUGCAUUCCUUCAAUUGCAUGAAAAUAACUUAAAAUUUAAUUUAUUUUUAAUAGAGGCUUUUAACAUUUUCAUUCACUCUGAUUGCAGCAGAACAGUGUAUUCUAGGUUGUUACUGUCAGUUAAGUUUGGGUUAAAUUUGUAACCCAGUUGCCACUGGAAUUAGCAUGUUAUAACAUACUCCACUUACUUUUAACAGUAGGUAGCAACAAAUGGCUACAUAUUUAUUGAGUUAGACACCCUCAGCAGUUUAAAAUAUGAGCGUUGUUUUAAUUUGUUUUAACAUUUUUGUGAUUAGCAGAAAAGCAUAAAACUAAUUUUUUUUUAUAAAAUCUUUUACUUUUAAGUUAAUCUUAAUGAUACAAAGCUGAAAUUCCUUUCUUACAUGUGUAUCUUCUUAGUAAAAUACCGCAUGUAUUCAAAUAGAUUUAGGCAUUUUUUAAGUCAGAAAGAAAUUAAUAUUAACCUGUACAUUGAAAAAAAGACAAGUGUAAAAUUGAAUUUCAUAACUAUUUGUAUUGAUAUUUUAAUAAAAAUUCUUACCAAGA